AUGCCAAGUGCACAGACCAUGGAAGAAGAGCUCCAACAGAGUGUCAUGCUCUCCGAAGACGACGAGUACGACACUGCUGACGCGGGCUCCCAAGCGCCGUCGGCAUUCACUCGUGCACGCUCGCACAAAAAUGAAGCUGUCAACGUUUCUGGCAGCGAGGACGGGGAACUGAGCGAUCAAGAUGCCUCCGGAGAGGAGCUUGACCAAGAUGCCUCUGGCGAGGAAGACAACGACCGAAUGGACCAACAAAUCAUCGUGGGCAGCGCCACACCGGGCGAUGGAGAAGAGUACGACGAGGAUGCAGAAGGAGAAGACGAAUUCGACGAAGAAGUUGGUCGGGUGAAGGUGAAUCCUGUUGAUUCUGAAGAGGAAGAACUCGGAAGCGACGACUCCGACGCGCAAAGCGCAGCAGGCGAAGAAGAGUCAGACGACGAGGAAGACGAGGAAGACGAGGAAGGGGUGUGGGAGGAGGGUGAUGCUGGAGACGAAGACGAGGAGUCUGACGCUGUGCAAUCGAAUGCUUGCAUGUUCUGCAAACAAGACGAAGAAAAUGACCCAAGUGAGGAUUUCGAGGCCUUCCUUGCGUGCACCCGCUGUGGUGAAAAUGGUAAGGCACUCCCUCCUGGUGCUAAAACUAGGGUAUCUCUUUCAGCUGACUGGCUCGUAGCACAUCAGCAAUGUGCCCGUGAUGCUGCUGCGAUGACCGUAACAAACAGUGGGUUUCCUGACACAGUUGACGGACAGCCUUGCUGA